AUGGGGAAGGACCAGGAGCUGCUGGAAGCUGCUCGCACUGGCAAUGUGGCUCUGGUGGAGAAACUCCUAUCUGGCAGGAAAGGAGGGAUCCUGGGCGGUGGAUCCGGACCUCUGCCCCUGUCUAAUCUGCUAAGCAUCUGGCGAGGUCCCAAUGUGAACUGCACGGACAGUUCGGGUUACACCGCUUUACACCACGCAGCCUUAAAUGGACAUAAGGACAUAGUUCUCAAGCUCCUUCAGUACGAGGCAUCGACAAACGUAGCGGACAACAAAGGCUACUUCCCCAUCCACCUGGCUGCCUGGAGAGGCGACGUGGAGAUCGUGAAGAUCCUCAUCCAUCACGGACCUUCCCAUUCCAGAGUCAAUGAACAGAACAAUGAGAACGAAACCGCCCUGCACUGUGCUGCUCAAUACGGACACUCGGAAGUCGUUGCUGUUCUCCUGGAAGAGCUCACGGACCCCACGAUUAGGAACAGCAAGCUCGAGACCCCGUUGGACUUGGCGGCCCUCUACGGACGGCUGAGAGUGGUGAAGAUGAUCAUAACCGCACACCCAAACCUGAUGAGCUGUAACACCCGGAAGCACACGCCGCUUCACCUCGCCGCCCGCAAUGGUCACAAGGCGGUGGUCCAGGUGCUGCUGGAGGCAGGAAUGGAUGUGAGCUGUCAAACAGAAAAGGGGAGCGCUCUCCACGAAGCGGCUUUGUUUGGGAAGGUGGACGUGGUGCGAGUCCUGUUAGAAACAGGAAUUGAUGCCAACAUCAAGGACAGUUUAGGUAGAACUGUCUUAGACAUUCUGAAAGAGCAUCCAUCCCAGAAAUCUCUCCAGAUUGCAACGCUCUUGCAAGACUAUUUAGAAGGCGUGGAAAGGUCAGCCGUCCUGGGAGAGCAUGCUCAGGAAGACACGCCGCAAGAGACACACCUUUCGUCUCCCGCUGAGUCUCCUUCCCAAAAGAGUAAAAGUGAAACUGUCACCGGGGAACUAUCAAAACUCCUGGAUGAAAUAAAACUCUGUCAGGAGAAGGAUUAUUCCUUCGAAGAUUUGUGCCAUACGAUUUCAGACCACUACCUAGAUAAUUUGAGCAAGAUUUCAGAGGAAGAACUUGGGAAAAAUGGAAGCCAGAGUGUAAGAACUUCAUCUACAAUAAAUUUGUCACCAGGAGAAGUGGAAGAAGAGGAGGAGGAUCCAAACACUUGUGGGCCCACAGGACUUUGGGAAGCACUAACUCCUUGUAACGGAUGUAGGAACCUUGGCUUUCCCAUGCUUGCACAGGAGUCUUAUCCAAAGAAGAGGAAUCACACCAUGGAAAUCGUGCCAUCGGCCUCCCUGGACACAUUUCCUUCAGAAAACGAGAACUUUCUCUGUGAUCUCCUGGACACAGCCGUUACAAAGAAACCUUGCUCCCUAGAAAUCGCAAGGGCACCUUCUCCGAGAACUGACAAUGCCUCUGAGGUAGCAAUUACUGCUCCAGGAACUGGUCACCACAGAAGCAGCUCUACAGGCCCAACACCUGACUGCUCACCUCCAUCCCCCGACACCGCCCUGAAAAACAUCGUAAAAGUUAUCCGACCACAGCCAAAACAACGAACAUCUAUUGUGUCUUCUCUGGAUUUCCAGCGAAUGAAUCAUAACCAAGAAUAUUUUGAAAUCAGCACGUCUACAGGGUGCGCCAGCUUUCCUUCCAGUCCUCCAGUUAGUCCGCCCACCUCUUCCGUGGGAACCACAGAAGUCAAGAACGAGGGAGCUGAGCACACAGAUGACCUCUCUCAACGGGAAGACGAUCCGCCAAAAGAAUAUGAUGCCGGGCAGUUCGCAGGCCUUCUCCACGGAUCCUCUCCAGCCUGUGAGUCCCCUGAAAACCCUUUCCAUCUGUAUGGGAAAAGAAAUCCGUGUGAAGAUGGACAAGAUGAAGCCAGUUUGGCAAGCAGCCCUCUGCCUUUCAAACCAACUGCAGUAGAAAAUAAGUCAGAGACAGUGGUAAAGAAGAUUAAACCCAAAGUGGUCAGUAGAACAAUUUUCCACAAAAGAAGCCACCAACUCGAGAACCAUACCAUCGUUGGAACAAGAACGUCUCGGAGCGGAUCCCGCAGUGGUGACCAGUGGGGUGCAAGUACAGGGGGCUUUGUGGAGAGAGCGUGUACUCUGGGGAGAAUACGGUCGCUGCCUAAAGCCCUGAUCGACAUGCACUUAUCCAAAAAUGUCUCUAAGUCCGACUCUGAUCUUAUCGCCUACCCUUCCAAGAACAAAGCGAGGGUUAACUGGAGCGAGUCGUCCACGGCUGAACGCAGUUCUAAAGAUAAUUCCGAAAGGACGCCUUCGUUCACGUCCGAAUGGGAAGAAAUUGACAAAAUAAUGAAUUCUAUUGAUGUUGGAAUCACAACAGUCAACAGUGAACUUGAAGAGAUGAAUGGUGAGAAUAUAAGACCCAGAUGCCCCGUCCAAACAGUGGGACAAUGGUUGGAAAGCAUUGGGCUACCUCAGUACGAGAACCACCUGAUGGCUAAUGGAUUUGACAAUGUACAGUUUAUGGGAAGCAAUGUUAUGGAAGAUCAGGAUUUGUUGGAAAUUGGUAUCCUUAAUUCUGGACACAGACAGAGAAUCCUACAGGCGAUCCAGCUCCUUCCAAAGAUGAGACCCAUUGGUCAUGAUGGCUACCAUCCCACCUCUGUCGCUGAGUGGCUGGAUUCCAUCGAGCUGGGGGACUACACCAAAGCCUUUCUCAUCAAUGGAUACACGUCGAUGGACCUGUUGAAAAAAAUCUGGGAGGUUGAACUCAUCAAUGUUUUAAAGAUCAGUUUGAUUGGCCACAGGAAACGCAUUUUGGCAUCUCUGGGAGACAGACUGCAUGAGGAGCCUCCACAGAAGCCCCCUCGCUCCAUCACGCUCAGGGAAGCCAGUGGUAACCACACUCCUCCUCAGUUGUCUCCAUCACUUAGCCAAAGCACUUACACUACUGGUGGCUCCCUAGACGUCCCUCACAUUAUCAUGCAGGGCGAUGCAAGGCGGAGAAGAAACGAAAACUACUUCGAUGAUAUCCCCCGGUCAAAGCUGGAGAGGCAGAUGGCUCAGCAGUCGUCUGUCUGUGAAAUAUGGACGAAUCAGAACGCUGGAUUUCCUUUCUCAGCGAUCCAUCAGGUCCAUAAUACAGGGGACUGGGGAGAACCUUCCAUCACCUUGCGACCUCCAAAUGAAGCCACAGCCUCAACUCCGGUCCAGUACUGGCAGCAUCAUCCAGAAAAGCUCAUCUUCCAGUCAUGUGACUACAAAGCUUUUUAUUUAGGUUCUAUGCUGAUAAAAGAGCUUAGGGGGACAGAGUCAACCCAAGAUGCCUGCGCAAAGAUGCGGGCCAACUGUCAGAAGUCUACAGAGCAAAUGAAGAAAGUCCCCACUAUUAUUCUUUCAGUCUCAUAUAAAGGAGUCAAAUUUAUUGAUGCAACAAAUAAGAACAUAAUUGCUGAGCAUGAAAUUCGUAAUAUCUCCUGCGCCGCCCAGGACCCAGAAGACCUCUCAACGUUCGCUUACAUCACGAAAGAUCUGAAGUCCAACCACCACUACUGUCACGUGUUUACCGCCUUCGAUGUGAAUUUAGCCUAUGAAAUCAUCCUAACCCUGGGACAGGCUUUUGAGGUCGCUUACCAGCUAGCCCUACAAGCGAGAAAGGGGGGACAUUCUUCCACGCUUCCGGAAAGCUUUGAAAACAAGCCCUCCAAACCCAUCCCCAAGCCCCGCGUUAGCAUCCGCAAGUCAGUGCAGAUGGACCCUUCUGAGCAAAAGACUCUGGCCAAUCUGCCGUGGAUUGUGGAGCCGGGGCAAGAAGCCAAGAGGGCCAUUAAUACCAAGUAUGAAACCACGAUUUUCUGAUACUCGCCGCCCCGUCCUCGCGGUGCCUUGCUCGCCAAGCAGUCCCCGCAGCAGGCUUUCCUUCGCGCCUCCGUGUCCACCCGCCCGGGAGGAAGACUGCUCAGCUCGCGUGGCCUCGUCACGGGCGGAAAGGCCGCCGGCCAUCCCUAGGGAGCUUUCUGCCAGCGAGACUUUGUCGCCCCUAGAGGCGCGGGGCUUG